AUGGUACAAAAAGCAUCUUUAUUUCAACAAUUUUAUGUACUUUUGUAUAAGCAAUAUCUUCUAUUGGCCAGAAAUAAAGCUUUGACAUUCUUUAGAUUGACAACACCAUUUUGGGCGACACUUAUUUAUUUCAUUGUUUUCAAGAGUUUGUCAGGUAAAGUUGACAAACCAAACUUCAAUCCAAUUGAAUCAAUUGUUUCAGAUUAUCAAGUUGGCGCUGAUUAUGAUUUACAAUAUAAUUUCGGAAAUAUAAGUGAUGCGAAUAAACAAAUAAUAUUGAAUAGUAUUCAAACAACGAUGGGAUGGCAGUCAUCGAGAAUGAUGGAGCUCUCUGGUGAUAUCGAUCAACUCGAUUAUUUCGAUGGUCAGUUGACAAGCCAAGUCAAUUCCAACAUGUCUUUUGCCAGUGUGUUUUUCGAUCAGGUCAACGAUACCAAUAUCUAUUACAAUUUGGCGUACAACCAGAAUGACGGUCUCGUUAAAUCAUCGUUGAUCAUCCAGUAUCAAUGGGGAAUGAGUGACCAACUUCGUUAUGCCAAAGCGAUUCGAUACGCCAUUGAGAAGGGUAUCAUCGAUGUAUUCAGUCAGGGUCAAGCAAAGGUGACAACCUACAACCAAGAAGCACCAAACUUUUUAGCGGAUAACGGAUUGCCACCCUCGACUACCAUUCUCGCAAUGUUCUAUCCUACUUUUAUUGUAUUCGGUAUUACAUUCCCAUUCAUCUUGUUUGUCUACUUGAUCGUCGAGGAGAAAGAACGUAAGAUUCGUUCAUAUCUCAGAGCGUUCGGUGUAAUCGAUACCAUCUACUUUUCAACUUGGAUUAUCGAUGGUAUGCUCGUUGCACUCUUCAACACCAUUGUAAUUAUGAUCUUUGGUUAUGCAGCCAAGAUUCAAUUCAUAAGCAAUUGUGCUUCCUCUGUCAUCUUUGUCGUACUCAUGACUUAUCAACUCAGUUUAGUUGGUAUCGGUGUUUUAUUAUCUUCUCUAUUAUCACGUACAAGAGCAGCAAUGAUUUUCGCUGUUAUUAUCUAUUGUGUUGCUUUGGCUGGUUCCAUUGUUUUAUCAAUGAUGACAGACGUUUUGUAUGGUCUUUGGAGUGAUAAAGCAAAGUAUUAUAAUUGGUUAAUUGCAUUCCAAGUAAUCUCACCAUUAAAUUUCUUGAAACUUAUGGUUGAUAUUUCAACAGUAACAAUUAAUGCCAACUUUAACUCAUUCGCUGGAAAUCAGAAUAUCAAGGGUGGAGAAUACGAGUGGUCUAAUUUCGUUAACCAUAUCAACACUACCAAUGGUGACAGACCUGUGACCACCUCUUACAAUACCAACAGCUAUAUCUUCAUUGCAACACUGAUCUACUUGUUCUUGGCUUGGGUCUUUGAUAAGGUUAUUCCCGAUGAUUUCGGAGGUAGAAGAGUUCCAUGGUUUUUCGCAACCAAAUCAUUCUGGUGGCCAGAUUCCGUCCCAGAGGAAAUCCAUGAACACGACCUACACACCCAUAUCAACUCUAGCGAUCCAGACAUCCAAAGUGAAUCUACCAAUGUUAACCUCGACAAUUUCGACAACUAUUCAUUGGUUGUAAGAAACUUGGUCAAGCGUUACGGUUCAAAGAAGGUUGUGGACAACUUGUCAUUCAGUGCAGAGAAAGGAAAGAUUAUUGCAAUGUUGGGUCAUAACGGUGCUGGUAAAACAACAACCAUCAACAUGAUUACCGGUCAGACAACUAUUACUGGUGGUAACAUCUUUGUACACGGAUACAAUGUAAAUACUCAAAUCGAUUAUGUAAAGACAAUGCUUGGAUUAUGUCCACAGUUUGAUGUAUACUGGCCUGAUUUCACAGCACGUGAACAUCUCACCAUUAUGACACUCGUCAAAGAGAAACGUACAAAUAUCAAACAUGACAUCAAUGAAAUUCUUCAAAGUGUAAGAUUGUCCUCGGUUGCCGACAACAUUGUUAGUUCUUAUUCAGGUGGUAUGAGACGUCGUUUAUCAGUUGCCAUUGGAAUCAUUGGUGAUCCUCAAGUGAUUGUUCUCGAUGAACCAACCACUGGAAUCGAUCCAGCCAAUCGUCGUUACAUCUGGAAGCUUAUCAAGAGUAUCAAGAAAGAUAAAUUGAUUCUCUUGACAACUCACUCGAUGGAAGAAGCCGAUGCACUCGGUGACAAGAUUAUCAUUAUGGAUGGUGGAAAACUCUCUGGUGCUGGAACAUCUCUUCAUUUGAAAGAUCGUUUCGGAACAGGUUACAAAUUACAUUUGGUCACAACAAAUAUUGAAGAAGCACAAAGAUUAGUUCAACAUCAUUUACCAAUCGCCAAACUCGAUCGUAUUAACUCUAUGAAUUUGGUAUACACAAUUCCAUCGAUGGAACAACUCUCAUCAUUCUUGAAAUUCCUUACCGUUGAAAAGAGUAUUGACAAACUCAUCACUGAUUGGCAAAUUCAAAACACAACAUUGGAGGAUGUAUUCUUGCAGAUGGUCAGAAAACCAGAAGAUAAAAAGUAA